CGCCCUCCUGAGGGCGACAAGAUGGCGGCGGCGGCGGCCCUUGAGGCGAUGGCGGCGGCGGCGGCGCUGAGGCGGGCGGUGGGGGCCGGGACCCAGACCCGCGGCAUCGUCACCCACACGGGGCCGCCCCGUCCCCGCGGGCCGCUGCCCCGCACGCCUUGGACCACCCGCGGGCCGCCCCCGGAGGUGCUGUCCCGCAGGGCGGAGCGGCGGCCGGUCCGCGAGCAGGUGGAGCUGGACGCGGUCACGUACGCGGGCCGGCAGCACCGGGUGCCCGGCCUGGCCCGGCCCCGCUUCCCGACCUGGCAGCGCGGCUGGCACGACCCCUGGCACUCCCCCGGGCCGCGCUACGAGGACAUGGCGCUGCGCAAGGAGCGCGGCUGCUUCGUGUGCCACCAGCGGGUCCGCAUGCUGGAAGGGGUUCGGCAAGCGCAGUGGCUCACCAAGACGAAGCUGGUGCAAGGUUUGCCUCCGUCGGUGCUCAGCAUCGUCAGUGACCCAGCUCACCAGCUCCAGGACCAGGAUGAGGCAGUUCACCGUGCGAUCGCACACGCACGGCUCUGGGAGACGACAGAAGUUUCUCCCAGCAGAGAAAAGUAUUGCCCUGUGCUGUUUGAAGACUUGAUACAUUUGUGCCGGUUAAUGACAAUGAAGUAUCCUUCCCUGGCUAAAAGAAUGUUGGCUAGGAACUACAGGAUUGCCGCUGUGUGGGAAAGAGAAUCCUUUCUCCUUCAGGUCCGUGGCCUGAACGGAAUACUUAUGAACUCUGUGGCCCCGAUACCACCAGUAGCCUCCAAGGAGGAGAUACUGGCCACCGAAGAGCAUGUUCUGGAGACCUUCUAUCCCAUCUCGCCUACAAUUGAUCUUCAGGAAGUGAAUGUGUACAGGGAGCUCAAUGACACAGGUUUCAAAGAUGGUUAUCCAUACCCUCAUCCUCACACUCUGUAUUUCCUGGAAUCGGCCAACGUUCGCCCUGACAGGUUCAGACCAGAACAGCUUCGUGCUAAAAUGCUGAUGUUUGCUUUCGGCAACGCACUGGCAAAGGCUAGGGUGCUGUAUGGGAACGAUCCCAAGGUUUUGGAGCAGCCGAUAGUGGUGCAGAGUGUUGGCACAGAUGGCCAGCUCUUCCAGUUCAUGGUGUUCCAGUUAAAUACAACAGACCUCGUGUCUAGUGAUGGCAUAAAGAAUCUCGUCUGGAUUGACUCUGAUCAGAAUCUGUAUGAAAAAGCCCAGUGUGUUCCAGAAGUCAAGAAGAGCGUUGUUACGAAGCCCGCUGGAAUAUAUGGCUUUCAGCCAGAAACAUUCAAGAAGUUUCUGGCACUGUAUCUGCAUGGAGCUGUGUGAAAUUCAGCUCAAAAGAAGAUUCUUCACCAACUGUACCUGCUGCUUCUCUUUGCCAGAACCAUCACAUAUUUAAAGAAAGGUGGAUUGGUUUACUUUCAAAAAUAAAUUAUAUUGCUAC